AUGGCGGAUGGACAAAGUGGUCUGACUGGGAGGCAUGCUCUGUCAGUUAUGAUACUGGAACGUCAUCGCAACUGCACAAAUCCUUCCAGAUUUGGGGAUCACUGUUUUGGGGACCCGGUGGAUGACAGGCUAUGUAUGCCAGGACCAUGUGCAAACGGAGGAUGGUCUCAAUGGAGCACAUGGAGCAGCUGUAGUGUGUCGUGUGGCGGAGGUGUACGUUCCCAAUCAAGGACGUGUACAAAUCCCAGUCCUUCCUUUACUGGCAAAUACUGUGUUGGGAAAAACAGGCAAAAUUCCGCUUGCAACAACAAUUCUUGCAUUCCAAACAUUGUCUUUAAUGCAUACAAUGUGACAGACAAAAGUCCCGAUAUUGGCCAGACCAUGAUAUUUAGCAGUAGUGUCGUUAAUGAAGGAGGAGCUUACAAUGCUUCUACAGGGGAAUUCACAGCACCAGUGGAUGGAACUCAUUCUUUCAGUGCACAGUUAUGUUUUACGAGUCUACACGAUUUGUUUUUUGACAUUAAGGUUGGAGGUAGAACAUAUGCCUCUGCAUACGGAUACAAUGCAAAUGCAGCCCAUUGCUCGCAGAUUCAGACUGCUGCUAGAGUAAAGAAAAAUGAAAAGGUGAUUGUACAAUGGGCGCAUACAUAAUACACAAGCCACAAUUAUAUUAGUCAGAAUUCUUACCUGAGGAAUUUCUU